AUGGCGAAAGACCAAGAAGUUGUUUUAACCAAGCUUGACGAUGCAAGAACUCAACUAUUUCACUUCAAGGCCAUUGUCAUCGCCGGCAUGGGCUUUUUGACCGACGCCUACGACCUCUUCUGUAUCUCUCUCGUCACCAAACUCCUCGGCCGGAUCUACUACCACGUUGACGGCUCGUCGAAGCCCGGAAGUCUGCCGCCAAACGUGGCUGCGGCGGUGAACGUUGUCCCAUUGUGCGGGACCCUAGCCGGACAACUUUUCUUCGGGUGGCUUGGCGACAAGAUGGGUCGGAAGAGGGUUUAUGGGAUUACCCUUAUGCUCAUGAUGUUCUGCUAUAUAGCCUCGGGGCUGUCGUUUGGAAGCUCGCCACGGGCUGUGAAGGUGACACUCUGUUUUUUUAGAUUUUGGCUAGGGUUUGGUAUUGGAGGCGACUACCCUCUCUCCGCCACUAUCAUGGCGGCGUACUCUAACAAGAAGACUCGUGGCGCGUUUGUGGCGGCGGUUUUUGCCAUGCAGGGGGUGGGGAUACUUUUGGGAGGGGUGGUGGCUCUUACCGUGUCAUCUAUUUUUCGUGCGAAAUUUGAUGCUCCACCUUAUUCAGUCGAUCCAUUAGGCUCAACUCCAGCUGAAGCGGACUAUGUAUGGCGGAUUAUCCUCAUGUUAGGGGCUGUGCCGGCGGCGUUGACCUAUUAUUGGCGGAUGAAGUUGCCGGAAACAGCCCGUUACACUGCCUUGGUUGCCAAGAACGCUACCAAGGCCAGCGAGGACAUGUCCAAAGUAUUGAACGUAGAAAUUCAAGCAGAGAAAGAGAAGCCAUUGGAUAUCAAAAGCAACUCCUUUGGCCAAAACUUGUUCCAGAAGGACAUCUUCAGUGCAAUUGGGUGGCUUCCAAAGGCACCCACCAUGAGUGCACUUGAUGAGCUUUACAAAAUUGCAAGAGCUCAAUCCAUUUUAGCCUUCUGUGGUACUUUUCUUGGAUACUGGUUCACUGUCUUCCUCAUCGACCGAAUCGGGCGUUUCUCUAUCCAAUUGCUAGGGUUUUUCUUCAUGACUGUGUUCAUGUUUGCACUUGCAAUUCCAUAUAACCACUGGAUACAAAAAGGAAAUCAUGCAGGGUUUUUGGUGAUGUAUGGACUGACCUUCUUUUUCGCCAAUUUCGGGCCUAAUAGUACUACAUUUGUAGUGCCGGCCGAGGUUUUUCCAGCUCGGCUUCGAUCAACAUGCCAUGGAAUUUCUGCUGCUGCUGGGAAGGCCGGUGCAAUUGUGGGAGCGUUCGGGUUUUUGUAUGCUGCUCAGAAUCAGGACAAGUCCAAGGCCGAUCCGGGGUACCCUGCUGGAAUUGGAAUGAGAUAUGCUCUUAUGGUGCUUGGAGUGAUCAAUGUACUUGGGUUGUGUUGCACAUUUUUAGUGCCCGAGACGAAGGGUAAGUCGCUUGAAGAGAUGUCUAGAGAGAAUGAAGAAGAAGAGCAGCAAACUGAGGAGACUCACCAGAUUGAAACAGUUUAG